AUGAACCCAACAUCUCAUUUUGACGUAUUUCUUUGGUGCUGUCUAUGUCUAUGUUUUGAAUUCAUGGUUUGCCGUCAAGAUGCAACAAUACUUCAAAGAUCUGCAAACAAUAAUCAGCAUGCAUGCCACUCAUUGAAGCAGUCUCUCUCGCAAGACUUAACUAAAUGGUUCUAUGACGCUGACGAUUUUAAUUUCGUCAUUGAAGUGGGUCAAGAUUCUUUUCUGAAAUCCUUCCAAGCGCAUUCAACCAUCCUUCGUGCUAGAUCUCCUUAUUUUCGAUCUGCUAUUUCCAAGAAAUCGCCAUCGAUCGACGCUGAUUCUACUGUUUAUAAGUUACCGAAUCUCGAGCCUAAAGCAUUUUCUGUUGCUCUUAAGUAA